UGUCGGGAGAUGUAGUUCACAACACGACUCCGCGCCUGCGUCCUGGGCAUUUGCCGGUGAGCUUGGGAGAGCAGUGGGCGCUGAGGCGCUGCAGGUGGCUCCCCGCAGGACUAUUACAGAGACAAACAAACUGGAAUCUGAGACCUCAGGCACCAGAUAAACUCUAAGCUUCUGGAAGGGGCUAUGGCUGUGGCCUUGGGCUGUGCAAUCCAGGCCUCCUUGAAUCAGGGCUCUGUGCUACAAGAGUAUGACACUGACUGUGAGGUCUUCCGCCAGCGCUUCAGGCAGUUCCAAUAUACUGAAGCAGCUGGGCCUCAUGAAGCCUUCAACAAACUGUGGGAGCUUUGCUGUCAGUGGCUAAAGCCAAAGAUGCGUUCUAAGGAACAAAUCCUGGAGCUGCUUGUACUGGAGCAAUUUCUCACUAUUUUGCCCACAGAGAUAGAAACCUGGGUGAGGGAACACUGCCCAGAAAAUAGAGAAAGAGUUGUAUCACUGAUAGAAGACCUACAGAGAGAACUUGAGAUACCAGAACAACAGGUUGAUAUGCAUGACAUACUCUUAGAAGAACUGGCACCAGUUGGAACAGUACCCAUGCCACCAGAUAUGCAUCUGGAGUCACCUGAUCUUCAGGUAAUGGGCCCUGUCCAGGAGGCCCCAGUCACAGAGGCCUGGAUCCCACAAGCAGGGCCGCAGGAGCUGAACUACGGUGCUGCUGGAGCAUGCCAGUCCUUUCUGGACCCUGCUUCAACAUGUUGGUGCUCUGACUGCAUAAUACUGGGAACAGAAGAAGAUGACAUAAGGGAAUUAGGAUAUCAAUUGCCAAAGCUUGAUGUGAACUUCCCACUGGAGCCCCGAGAAGAGCCAUGGGUGAAGGACUUACAGGAUUCCAAAGAAAUGAAACAAUUACUUGAUUCCAAGAUAGAUUUUGAGAUGGGGAUAGGAAAUGAAGAAGAUGCUUCAAAACAGAAAAAACUGGAGAAUAUAUAUCCAUUUAUUGUAACUUUAGAGGGGAAUUCUCUCCAUGGUCCCGUUAUGCAAAAAGACUAUGUUCCAUUAGAAAAUCAGUGGGAACCACCCCCGGAGGAUUUACAGACAGAUUUAACAAAACUUGUGGACAAUCAAAACCCCCCUUUAGGAGAGACACCUGAGAGCACCAACUUGGAAGAACCUCUCAACCCUAAGCCCCAAAAGAAAAAGAAUCCAGGAGAGAAACCUCACCGAUGUGCGCAGUGUGGAAAAUGUUUUGCUCGGAAGUCACAACUUACUGGGCACCAGAGAAUUCAUUCAGGAGAGGAACCUCACAAGUGCCCUGAAUGUGGAAAAAGAUUCCUUCGUAGUUCAGACCUUUAUAGACACCAGCGACUUCACACAGGAGAGAGACCCUAUGAAUGUACUGUAUGUAAAAAGCGAUUCACGCGACGGUCACACCUUAUUGGGCACCAGAGAACUCAUUCUGAAGAGGAAACAUACAAAUGCCUUGAAUGUGGGAAAAGUUUUUGUCAUGGGUCAAGUCUUAAACGACAUCUGAAAACUCACACAGGUGAAAAACCUCAUAGAUGUCCUAAUUGUGGGAAAAGUUUUAGUAGACUGACUGCGCUUACUUUGCACCAGAGAACACAUACUGAAGAGAGACCUUUUAAAUGUAAUUACUGUGGGAAAAGCUUUAGGCAGAGACCAAGCCUUGUUAUUCAUUUAAGAAUCCAUACAGGGGAAAAGCCAUACAAGUGUAGUCAUUGUUCUAAAAGCUUCAGACAGAGAGCAGGCCUUAUUAUGCACCAAGUCACUCAUUUUAGAGGACUUCUUUAGGAAUUGUUGAGGGAAACAGGUCCUACAGAAACUUAACACUAACUUGAAAACAUUGUAACCUGUAGUAACCUGUUUUUCUGGAAGGACAUUUUUGUUUGAACUCAUGAGAACAGCUUUGGGGGAGUGGGACUGGAGGGCUGGUUUUUGUUAGCAUUUUUUAUUUUGACAAUUUAAAACUGCAGACAGUGUAAGAAUUCCAAGUAUUGAUGUAUUUCAGCCUUUCUUUACAAAAUGUAGGAAGACUAUUUGUUUAAAAUCCAUCUUCCAAGGUGUAUGAGCUCUAGAAUAGCCACCUACAGUAGCAGUUUUCCUAACUUGAUUUAUCCUGUCUCCACCUCUUUUAUUAAAAUGGAAAAUUUUGUGUUCCACGCAUAAAUAUGAUGAAAGUCCCUUUAGGGGUAGGAUCAGUAUAAUGGAUAACCUUGCCUACCUGACAUAUCUAUUGUAGCAGUACCAUACAUAUUCUGCUGUGUAAUUAAAGGUGAACUAAAGACUUUAGAUGUGCCUAGGUGGCAGGAAGGGAGACAGUGAAUUUUGCCAAAUAAAAUGUGAGGAACACAAGGAUGGAGGGGUUAUCACUUGCCUGGUGAGAACUGGGCUCUUUGCAUUAAAAUAUUUAUGUUUAAGAAAAUUAAUAUUUUAACCUUUCCUUGUGAAUUUUGCAAAGUUUUCUGGUCUGCUUAGUUGGAAGUCUGUGGCGGUAGUGCUUGGAGGGGAGUAUUUGUUUGGUAAUUAAGCUCUAGGUCUGGAAUGGUCCACUUGAAGCCAGGUUUGAUGUUGUACACAUGUAAUCCCAGAACUCUGGGGGGCGGGGGCUGAAGCAGGAGGAUAGCAUGUUCAAGUCCAGCCUCAGCAAAUUGAUGACUUACAAGAAUUUGUCUCAAAAUAAAAUAAUCAGAAAAGGGUUGGGGAAGGCCCUGGGCUUGAUCUCAUUACCACAAAAAGUAAAGAACCCACUUGAGUGUUGAAAUUGUACAAGUAGGAUGCAGUUUAACUGAGAUUGAAUUGAAGAACCAGUAUCCAUGGCUUUUUGCUCUCUUUUGAUAUUCACUUAUAUUCCUUUCAGUGCUUUUGAAAUUUUACCCAUUCUUUAAUUCAUUAUCUUGCUAAGAAUGUGUCACAAAACAUUUGUUUCUGCAAGAUAUUCUGCAAGUUUUCAGAAUUGCUUCCUCCUAUUUCCCCUUCCUGGAUUCAUAGUGCACACCAGCUUAUGAGACUUUGGGAGAGGUCUGCCAGAAAAGGAGGAGAAAGCACCUCUUUUGGCUCAAUAUUUUCCAAACUUACUUGGACCCAGUACACCCUUUUUCUUGUUCAUCCAAUAAUAGCUGGCAGAACUAUUCUGCAAAUUGUCCCUUAGAACGCACUGCCUUAAACAGAUACUUUUGUAACUAUCAAUAUUGUUCUGUUGCUCCCAAGCUAGUUAUCUCCAGUUGUUUUAAAGGUAUUAUAAAAAUUCUUUAAAGAUACAUAUCUUUUGUAUAAUACACACAUCAUUUCAAGGAGGUGAGGAUCACUAAUUUAUAUCAUUUAUAAAUUUCUCAGUGAUUCUUAACCUCUUAAUUUUCCUUAUAAGUACACACACACACACACAGAUACAUACACACAUACCAUUUUAAGGAGGUGAGGAUCACAAAUUCAGGCAAAUUAAGUUGUCAGUGAUUAUCAUCCUUUUUGAAUUUUACUUAUAAUUACAUAUGCACACACAGCUGUUACUUAUAUAAACAUUCUCAUAUAAUCCUGGUAACAACUCAAAUUCCCACAUGAGGGAAGAAGUCUCAUAAUCAGUUAGUAUGUGAAAAUAUUUAUUGAGCCUAGUUCCUUGUUAUGAGAUACAAGAAAUAAAACAUUCAAGUGUUUUUCUUAUAUGAAGCUAUCCAGUCAUUCUUUCCUUAACUAGGACUAGGGAAGUAUAUCUCUUCUAUUGCAUUGAAUUGCUUGCAACUGAUGUCUAAGCGUUUGGGAGUAUCUAUUAUGUGCCUAACUAGUCCUAUUCUAAGCUUAACAGACACUAGUAAAGAAAUACAGUUCGUGGGUCAGGCUCAUAAAAGUGUUUGUAAUGUAUCUAGUUAUAAACAAGAGUUGGGGAACACAUAGAGAACAAUGCAAGAGAGUUUGUAAUUAAGUGCCAAAUAAUAUCAAGUGCCAGAGCCAGGAUGUGUCUUUAACUUUUCACAUCCAGGUCCCUGUAUGAUGCUGCUAUACAAUUGGGGUUAAAAUUGAGAUCCCAGUAGCAAUAAACAUGUAAUAUGAGAGGAGUCUGAAUGUAGAGAUGAAAAAUACCGAAUGUAAUGGCUUCUCUUUUCUCUUGUGGAAUUGCAUUCAAACCAGAAUAGUGCCUUAGAAUGGAUGUGCCCAACUGCUCUGUAUUUAUACAAUAUUUUAAUAAAAUGAAAUGUAUAUGCUA